AUGGCUACAGAAGCAAUGCCUAAUGAUGAGCAGGCUGCUCUUGCGUACGAGACCAUUCCUUCUCCUGGACAGGAUGUUAUAAAUAUGCUUGUAUAUGACUAUCUUAUCCACAACUGCUACUCGUCCACUGCUCGGUCUUUUGGUACUGCAUGCAGACUCGACAAGACAGAUGUAGAUUCCAGAGUAUUGGGUGAUGGUGUGACCCCUGUCUUGGGCCAUGGGGAUAAACUGGAAUCAUAUAGUUCUUCUAGUCUCCGGAGCAAGGAAAAUCUUGGACUUCGUGCAAAGACUUGCAUGGAUAUUGAUCAAGAAACGUCAAUGACUAUAACGGACAGCGAUGGUGACUUGACUAUGGCUGAAUCUAGUUUAUCGCGCACACAACACUUUAUGCCUGCAGCAUCUGUAUCUACUGCUGCUCCUGCUUCAUGUACUUUUACUUCCAAAUCCAUAGCCGACUCAUGUCUUGGAAAAACAGAUAGAUCCGCUUUCAAAGGCUCACUUCAAACCCUCGAAGUUCGUGGAAAGUUAUAUCGUCUUAUCUUGAAUGGUAAACUCACCGAAGCCAUUGCACUGUGCAAUGAAACGUUUCCAGGAAUCUUGAAUGCAGACACUCCUGAAUCCAUGGAUGUUUAUUUUGCAUUGCAAUGCCAGCAGUUUAUUGAAUGUAUUCGUCGAAGUGCACUAGAAGCACUUCAUUUUGCGCAAGAAGAGUUUGGAAAGUUUGCAUUCAAAAAUGAUAAAUACAACGAAACACUUCAGGAUAUUGUGGCUCUGAUUGCAUAUACAAAUCCAGAAACUUCGCCAUUGUCAAAAUAUAUGGCAAAAUCUAGAAAUGAGCAAGUUGCAAUGGCUUUGAAUAGCUAUAUUCUUGCGUUUCAUGGUUCACCAUCCCACACUUCUUUAGAGAGGUUGGUUGCUCAUGUCACUGUUCUUCGUGAACAAUUGCACGCAGAUUCUAGUAAAGAAAAGAAAGUAUCGGGCUCUGCAGUGACAAAGUCACGAUCUGAUUCUACUACAUAUCCUAGGUGGCAGCUAUCUUCUUUUCUCCCUCAAUAGUAAAACGGUGGAAUGCUUCACUAAUUUUGGCUGAUGCUUUGAUUCUAUGUCAAGAGAGAUAAGAAUAACUAGGAGAAUAAAUGCGUAUUGGGUUG